GGUCCAAGCGCUCCGCUCGUCCAGAUGUAAUAACAAUGGCGGAACCUGUAAAUUUAUUUACGAUCACGUCCUACUUUAGUGAUGUACCCUUGGCGGUCAAAAAGGGUUUAAGCUUAGUUUAGUCAAUUUAGUAGUGAAGCAUAAUUCCGCUUCAUGAUGACUGCCGCGGUACGGCGCACCGGGAAGACAUUUCUUACCGAUGCGCCGUACCAGCCAGUACCGGCUUACUUUCACCACGGGCUGGGACGUUAGGAUUGCCAACCGUCCCGUAUUGCCCGGGACAUCCCGAAUUAUGGGCAAUUUUGAUUUGUCCCGGCCGGGACAGCUCUAGUCCCGAUUUCCAAGCACAGCCUCCUAAAUCAAUGAUGCGCGAAAAACUCCCGGUUGUUGUGAAGUUGUGCGCUGCUCAUUGUGCAAGCCCGACGACGCUAUCACACCCCUGUCAACCCGCGAAAGUGUCCCUGAUGGGUUGGGAGAGUUUGGCAACCCUAUGGGACGUAAUGGGCUGUUUUUGAAAAAAAAUCUACUUCGGUUGAAGAGACAGUUACUAGGCAAAGACUAAAUGGGCGUUCCUAUUCUACGUAAACCAAUGAUCUACGUGGGUAGCGUGUAAUCCACCAUAGAUAUAUCCAUGUAAUCCACGUCAAUCAGAAAGUUUAAACUGCGUAGUUCCUGCAUCACGUUUUACCGCUUCAAUAAGAGAUGAUGUCACGUGACUUUUGACCAAUAGAAUUCAUCACUGAGUAAGAGUAUAAACCACCCCGCUAGAGAAAUAACGGUCUCACUUAACACACGGCGCCGUUACUGCCUUGUCCUUUUCCAAACACAUUUAGUCUCGAUUUUGUUCAGAUUCCGAAAAACAUGCGUGAGUGUAUCUCCGUCCAUGUUGGUCAAGCCGGUGUCCAGAUUGGCAACGCCUGCUGGGAGCUCUACUGCCUGGAGCAUGGGAUCCAGCCGGAUGGACAGAUGCCCACUGGGAAGACCAUCGGAGGAGGAGACGACUCCUUCAACACUUUCUUCAGUGAGACCGGAGCCGGAAAGCACGUCCCGAGAGCAGUUCUUGUGGACCUGGAGCCCACUGUCAUCGACGAGGUGCGCUGUGGGACGUACCGCCAGCUGUUUCACCCUGAGCAGCUGAUAACUGGGAAGGAGGAUGCUGCUAACAAUUACGCCCGUGGACACUACACAGUUGGCAAAGAGAUCAUCGACGUAGUGCUGGACCGGAUUCGCAAACUGUCUGAACAGUGCACCGGCCUUCAGGGCUUCCUGGUGUUCCACAGCUUCGGAGGCGGCACCGGCUCUGGCUUCACCUCUCUUCUGAUGGAGCGUCUGUCUGUCGACUACGGCAAGAAGUCCAAGCUGGAGUUCUCCAUCUACCCAGCUCCCCAGGUGUCGACCGCUGUGGUGGAGCCUUACAACUCCAUCCUGACCACCCACACCACCCUAGACCACUCAGACUGUGCGUUUAUGUUAGAUAACGAGGCCCUCUUUGAUAUCUGUCGUAGAAACCUCGAUAUCGAGCGUCCCUCUUACACCAACCUGAACAGGUUGAUCAGUCAGGUUGUGUCCUCCGUCACUGCUUCCCUCCGUUUUGAUGGCGCCCUCAAUGUUGAUCUGACAGAGUUCCAGACUAACUUGGUGCCAUAUCCCCGUAUCCACUUCCCUUUGGCUACCUAUGCCCCCGUCAUCUCUGCUGAGAAGGCUUACCACGAGCAGCUAACGGUGUCACAAAUCACCAACUCCUGCUUUGAGCCAGCUAAUCAAUUUGUGAAAUGCGACCCUCGCCACGGAAAAUACAUGGCUUGCUGCCUUCUGUUCCGUGGUGACGUGGUGCCCAAAGAUGUGAAUGCGGCCAUUGCCACCAUCAAAACCAAGCGCUCCAUCCAGUUUGUUGACUGGUGCCCCACUGGUUUCAAGGUUGGAAUCAACUACCAGCCUCCCACUGUAGUUCCUGGUGGAGACCUGGCCAAAGUCCAGAGGGCUGUGUGCAUGCUGAGCAACACCACUGCUAUUGCAGAGGCCUGGGCUCGGCUUGACCACAAGUUUGACCUGAUGUACGCCAAGCGGGCCUUCGUCCACUGGUACGUGGGAGAGGGGAUGGAGGAGGGAGAGUUCUCUGAGGCCAGAGAGGACAUGGCAGCUCUGGAGAAGGAUUAUGAGGAGGUUGGAGCCGAUAGUGUGGGAGAUGAUGAGGAAGAGGGAGAAGAGUAUUAAACAGAUCUGCAUUCCCUUAUUGAUCUGUAAACUGUUUAAUUUUAUUGUUGAAUAAUAAAGUCUGUUC